CUGAGAAGUGGAAAUGAUCAGUCUGUGCUGGGAGGAUUGUAGGAAUUCCUAUGAACUUCUCGGGGCCAUUGUCUUUUUGUGAUGGAGACAGAUAAGGACAAGAUGAGUGAGAAGAUAUUAAAUCUCACCCUGGAGAUCAUCUGUCUACUCACUGGAGAGGAUUACACAGUAGUGAAGAGGACAUCUGGUAAUGUGAUCCCCAACAACUGUUCCUCAGUAGAAUGGGGUGGGAUUCAGAGACCCAUCUUGAAGGCUACACCUCAUUCAUUGAUGCAUGAGAAGAGAAAUAAGCAGAAGAUCCUAGAACUCACCAGCAAGAUUAUUGAGCUGCUGACUGGAGAGGUUCCUGUAAGGUGUCAGGAUAUCACUGUUCACUUUUCCAUGGAGGAGUGGGAGUAUUUAGAAGGACACAAAGAUCUAUACAAAGACAUCAUGAUGGAUGACCACCAGAACCUCAUACCUCCGUUUGGAUUUGGAAGCAAAUAUCAGAAUCAAGAAGUGGACACAUCUGCACUAACACUGAGCUACCUAAAAGAUGAGGAUGGAGAGAUUAAUGGGAAUGUACAAGGAAUUGCUAAGGAUUCAAACUCAUAUAGUGUGGAAGAAGUUGAAAUUACCACAAUAACCCAAUAUCCAUCAGUUAAUAUUGAAGAGAAAACCCCAUGUGAUGGAAGAAAUCUUCUAAAGUCUAACAACCCUGUAGAAUGUACAAUGUGUAGAUCUCCACAUUUCAUAGAGGAACAAGGUUCACGUAAUGAAGAAAAAUUUGCAAACCAAAAUACUUAUACCCUCAUGGAUCAAACACCACAAUAUACAUCUACUGAUAUUAAGGUGGAACAAGCCACACUUGAUGAAGAUCUUACAGACCCCAAUAGUUACACAGUUACUGAUCAUGGCCAGUACAUAUUGACACAUAUUAAGAAUGAGCCAGUCUCAAGUAGUGAAGUAAACUUGGACUUGGGCAUUCAUGCAACCAUGGAUGGUACGCAGCAAAAUGGAUAUACUCAGAAUAAUAUAGACAUUUAUGAUGGAGGAAAAGUCACAAACCCUGAUUGUACUACAUCCACAGAACAUACACAACAAAAUCCAACUAAGGAGGAAUCUGUGUUAAAAACAGUGUUGCCACUACAAAAACAGGAGUUUUCAUCAUCUAGAAAACCAGUAGAGAAAAGGAAUAAAAAAACUGAACAGAACUACAAUGAUAUAUCAGUAAAUAACAAGAAAUAUUUCUGCACUAUCAAACAGACAUCACACUCUUUGGAGAUACUCUAUAACUGCCCUGAAUGUCCAGAAUGUUUCACCAGUAACUUGGACCUUGCCAAGCACCAGAUCAUUCACACAGGGGGAAUGGUUUUUAUAUGUUCUGUAUGUGGUCGAUGUUUUAGGAAAAAAUCUGAUCUUGUUAUACACCAGGUAACGCACGGGGAAAGCUGGGAUUUCUACCGUUAAUCUGUUUUCCCUUAGUCCUAACAGCAGCACAAUAUGGGAUAUUCCUGCCGCUGUGAACUGGUAGGACAGAUGGAAUUUUAAAUAAACCUAAUUGAACAGCUAAUUAGCCACCUCCAUAAAGGCUAGCCACUCCCUAUGUGGCGAAUAUCAACUUGUUUUUUUAGGGGUGCUUUGUUACUGUUUUAUUUUGUGGAAGGAAUCCUUAUUAUGGUCACUUCCUUCUGUGCCUUCCCCAAACCGUUGUCAGAGAUAGGCUGAAGUAAGGACAGACAAGGACAGUUUUUGCAAUUCAAUAAACAGUCUAGGUCAGGGCGGAGAUCAGGAAGAGGCCAGGUCAGGCAGUGAAGGGUCAAAUCUGCAAAACAGGCAGAAGCUGGUGCAUCGGCAGAUAAACGUAAUCAGAACACUUUUGCAAGAACUACCAAGCUGGAAACUUGCUCAGGCACUUUUCUAGAAGGAAAGAUGCCCUAAGUACCACUGGAUGACCAGCCAGCAGAGAGCAGGUAGGAGGCAGCAAGCUAUUCUGGUGGCUGGGCCUGAUUGAAAGGAGGAGGGGAAGACUAGUGGGUCCAAGCUGCUGGAAUACAGAAACAGAGACAACCAUAACACAAGGCAACAGCUGACCCACCACAAGUGUGGAGACCUUUGUUUCAGAAGAGAGGUUGGAUUAAGUGAACAUGAGACAGUCCAUGAAAACAACAAAGGGGGAAGAUUUAUCAAACUAGUGUAAAGGUAAACUGGCUUAGUUGCCCAUUGAAACCAAUCAUAAUCCACCUUUCAUUUGCUAAAGGAGCUCUGAAAAAAAUGAAAGACAUUAAUAAAUCUUUCCCAAAGACUUUAAAAGGGUUGUGUCAUCUCAAACAUUAGUGGCAUAUCGCUAGGAUAUGCCACCAAUGUCUGAGAGCUGCAGAUCCC